UCGAAAUCGGAAAAUCGGAUGGUAACCGUUAGCUUUUGGAUAAACUGAUAACCUUGCCCAUGAAUUCUCAUCAAUGGCCGCGGCAACAUUGGCGCCACCGCACCACCACCGCCAUUACCUCCCCCGUUCCUCUCUCCAAAAUACAACUUCGUUGCUAAUUUCAAAAUCGUGGUUUCUGAGCAGAAAAAUAACACCAUCCUCUUCUUUUUGGGCGUCAAUCGAGCUCACAGGAACCACGCAUGGCCCGAUAACCAAUUGCUCUCCGUCUCCAUCUCCGUCGGAAAUUAGUGAACUCACCGCUGAGUCAUGUGUUAAUUUGGGGCUUUCGCUGUUCUCCAAAGGACGGGUCAAAGAUGCUCUCGAACAGUUUGACGUUGCUCUUACUUUGAAUCCCAAUCCUGUGGAAGCUCAAGCUGCUCUGUAUAACAAAGCCUGUUGUCAUGCCUAUAGGGAGGAAGGAAAAAAAGCUGCCGACUCUUUGCGCACAGCUUUGAAAGAAUAUAACCUCAAAUUCGGCACCAUUCUAAACGACCCUGAUUUGGCCUCGUUUAGAGCAUUGCCUGAAUUCAAAGAAUUGCAAGAAGAGGCUAGACUUGGUGGAGAAGAUAUUGGCUAUGGCUUUCGAAGGGAUCUUAAACUCAUUAGUGAGGUCCAAGCACCGUUUCGUGGAAUUCGCAGAUUUUUCUAUGUGGCAUUCACUGCCGCUGCCGGAAUAUCCUUGUUAUUUACUUUACCUGCACUGCUCCGUGCAAUCAAAGGCGGUGAUGGUGCUCCUGAUACAUUGGAAACUUUGAAAAAUGCGGGAAUAAACAUUGGAGGUAUUGUAGUUUUUGUGGCUUUAUAUUUGUGGGAAAACAAGAAAGAGGAGGAACAACUUGCUCUAAUUACGAGGAAUGAAACUCUGUCGAGGCUACCUCUGCGCCUUUCGACUAACAGGGUUGUGGAACUCGUGCAGCUACGUGACACAGCACGGCCCGUUAUUUUGGCUGGGAAUAAAGAGACAGUUGCUUCGGCCAUGCGUAAGGGAGAGAGGUUUCGAGCGGAGCUUCUUAGAAGAGGAAUAAUUCUUGUUCCUGUUGUAUGGGGUGAAGGCAGAGCACCACAAGUGGAGAAGAAAGGCUUUGGUUCUUCUCCAAAGGCCGCUGCUUCUCUCCCGUCUAUUGGGGACGAAUUUGAUCAGCGAGCUCAAUCAGUAGUAGGAAAAUCGAAAAUUAAGGCAGAGAUCCGAUUCAAAGCAGAAGUUGUAUCACCAGCUGAAUGGGAAAGGUGGAUUAGAGAUCAACAGAAGUCCGAAGGCAUAACCCCCGGCGAAGAUGUAUACAUAAUCCUCCGUCUGGAUGGCCGUGUUCGUAAAUCAGGGAGGGGGAUGCCCGAUUGGCAAGAAAUCGUGCAGGAUGUUCCACCAUUGGAAGCAUUUUUUAGCAAGAUCGAAAGAUAGUACAAAUCCCUAUUAAGCAAAAUCACUCAUUAUUAUUCUAUUAUAUUCCCAUUUUGAGGUAUCUGAAAUUGAUGUUUCCAUAAAAGAUGUACAUUGACUUGUUCAUAUACUCAGAUUGUCAGAUUGAUUAAUGUAUUUAGAAUGAGUUUAUGUGCAUCCUAAUUCAAGUUUAUCUUAGUAACU